AUGCCUAUGAGAUGGACUGCAGAUAAUGAUCAGCUGCUGCUGCUUAAAAUCCUCGAGACUCAUAAUCUCAGCGUUGAUACCAAGAGAGUAGCGGCUGCAUGGCGUGAGUACCCCGUUGUCACCGUUAUCACCGUUAUUAUCCUUGUGAAGGCUACUGACAUCUCAGCCGGCUCUGAGGAGGAAAAGCCCACUCCUCGCGCCAUCAGUGAGCGUCUAUUCAGAAUGCGCAAGGAAAUCAAAUCAUCCGGCACCACCCCAGACGGAGGCCACUUCAAAGUCGGCAAGGGCUCCAGCGGCGGAGGUACUCCACGCAAGCGUAACUCGCCCUCUAAUGCUGCUGGGACCCCUGGAUCUGGCAAACGCAAACGUGGUGUUGUCCCUAAGACUCCUGUCAAGAUGGAACUGGAUGAUACUGCUGUUACCCCUGCCAUCGAUCAUACCCCGACAAAAGCCCAGCAGAAUGGCAACAGCACGUCUAUCAUGGAUAUUCAGACCAUUGAAAUGGCUGAAGCCACAGUGAGCAUCAAAGAAGAACGGGUGUAUGAUCCAUAUAUUGCCAGUCCUUCUCGCCCUGCGCGGACGCGCACUCCUCGUUCCCUACCGCCUGGAAUGGUCGGGUAUGAUGCCAUGGAAGAUGAAUCAGAAGUCGACCCUGAGAGCUCUUCGACGGAGUAUCUCCCUGAAGACUCUCUGGAAAGGUUUAUUAAGGUGGAAGAUAACUACGCGUAA